GCCUCCCCCACCAGCCUCCUGCCCACCAUGAAGCUCACCAUCGCCAUCGUCCUGGUCACCCUGACUCUCUUCUACAGACCUGCAUCCACAGAGGUCUGCCCCAGCCUUCUGUAUGUCUUGGGAAACCUCCUCACCGGCCGCACGCCUUCCAGCUAUGAGGCUGCCCUGGAACAUUUCAGCCCUGACGAAGACAUGAAAGAGGCAACAAGUCAGCUGAAGACGCUGGUAGACACCCUCUCCCCAAAGGCCAAGGACAGCGUGUUAGAGCUCAUGAUGAAAAUAAUACAAAGCCCAGAGUGUGCUUAGGAUUCAGAAGCUGAAGAUCUCCACCUGCCAAGGCCCCUGCCACUCCCCGGAUGCUCCUUUCACUCCAUCCCCACCAGCCCCGCCUGACUCCUGCAAUAAAGUACAAGCAAGCAUCUCA